AUGUCUUCGAAUGGACUCAAUCGACGCGAAAGAGUUGUCGAUAGGAAUGGCGACACAAAUGAGGAGAACGUGUCUCGAGUGGUGUCUCAAGAAGUGUCGCCCGAAAGACCACAAAACCAGAGUAUUAUGAAGCGAGUGAUGAGUCUAAUGGCACUCUCGAUGGCUAUUCUUGUAGUGGUUUACUACACGACUCAAUGCAAUGACACCAAAGAACUAAUGAUGGCUUCGGCCACUCAAUCCAUAACGGGUUCGCCGGUCGGACAACAAAUGCGGACGUUUUGUGUCCGAUUCGGUGNUUGGAUCAAUCUGUUGGCCACCACUCGACACCCAAAUACGGAUCGCAUUGUCACCCAAUCCGGUACCGACUUCUUCUGGUGGGACACGGAUUCUGUGAGUCAUCAACGCGUUUGCCAUUCACUGGUCGCCACCGUUGGCCGCGUGAAGACACACAUCGGCACCGGAAAUGCCACCAUAUCCUUUGCGCUCAAACACUACGCCUACAGCGACGCCAUCUUUUUGGCCGAAAGACUAUACGCCGAGGUGUCCACCGAUGACUCGCUCUAUCUGUUGGCCACCUGUUACUACCGGUCGGGCAAAGCGAACGCCGCCUACUCUAUACUGACGGGAAGGGACUGCCGGACGGCCGACUGUCAGCUCCUGUUAGCGCGUUGUUGUCUGGAUCUCAAGAAGUACAACGAGGCCGAGGAGGCACUGGUAGGCGGCCUGCGGUCGGACAGGUGUGCGUCCACUACCUAUUCGGUGGAUGAGUUGCGCAAAGAGUUCGGCGAAUCGGCCUCUUUUGCGGCCCAACUCUUGGCCCAAAUUUCGGCCAAAAUCGAGAGGCACUCGAAUUCAAUGCAUUACUACAGAGAGAGCCUCAAAGCGAAUCCAUUCCUGUGGUCGUCGUACGAGAAUCUGAUCCAAUUGGGGGUGAAGUGCGACCCCAAAGACGUGUUCAAUAUAUCAAACGUGGAGUUCAGCCAAUGCUUGGGAUCCAAUCCAUUAGUGAAUCUACUGAAUGCCAACUCCAAUACGAGUGUCAUCUCGAAUAGCAUAGCGAAUAAUAACAACAACAACAAUACCACCAAUAAUGCCAUCAAUCGGAUCACGUCGGACACCAACUGCAACGCUAGUCAUCAGCAGAACGUGACGACCGCGGCGUCGACGAGGUGUGAGAUAACGUCGCCCUUCGCGGUGAUCCGCUCGGCCAACGAGUUGGGAACCAUUGACGUGAUUACGCCCGAGAAUAACCAGUGGGUGACCACGACAUGUGUGGCGCCCCAGAAGCUCAACGCCCACAACAAAGCGACGCGAAAGUCGACGACGAACCUGAAGACCGAGAACAACGUGUUCACCAAAAAUCUACUUAACUCGCAGACGACGCCCAUUUCGCGCCACUGUUUCGGUGUAUUCCCGUUGACGGACGUGUCCACUCUUGCCAUUAAGUCGACGCCAGAGUCGGAUAACAACCAGAAGAUGAUCACACAUUCCGACGAAAUGCAGGCCAAGAAACCGCAUACGAGACGCAGUCAGCAGCAGAUCCAGCAGAUGACACAGCAGUCAGCGGUCAUCGGCAUCCAAAGCACCAGAAGUAACGCCUUUAAGUUACAGCUCUCUAACAAUCAACAGUCGGCGCCCGACGUGAACACCGUUAGCUCCGUGUCGGGCAACCCUCUGUCCGGUUCGCCCAUACAGUCGCAGUCGUUGCGUAGGAGUUCCCGUCUGUUUAGUUCGUCGCAGAGUUCGGUCAAAGAGAAUACGGCCAACAAAGCGCCCGCUAAGCUCAUCACUCGCCCCCGGACUCCCACCAAACGGACGAAACGGACGAACAGCUCGACAAACAUCACGUCUUUGGUGACCAACAGUUCGUCUCAACAGCAAAAAGAGAGCGAAUUAAACGAAUUAAACAAAUCGGAGCUCCAGAAGGGCCGGGAGUUGGUGUCCGGCUAUGACUUGUUUCAGACGGGCAUCAAAAUGCAGAGGUAUUCGGCGAAAGGACUCCUGGAUCUGAUGGUGCAGUUCGGCACAGCGUUGCAACAUUUGGGACAAUUCCGGUGCCGCGAGGCGAUCGACGCGCUCGAGUGCCUGCCCGCCAACCACCUGAACACGGGUUGGGUGCUCACGGCCUUAGGCCGGGCCUACUUCGAGAUGUCGCGCUACGAGGAGGCCGUCAAGUACUUCCUGGAGGCGCACCGCCGGGAGCCGCACCGCCUCCACGGCAUGGAGUUCCUGAGCACCGCCUUAUGGCACCUGCAGCGGGAGGUGGAGCUCUCGAUACUGGCCCAGGAGUUGAUUGAGUUCGACAAGGGGUCGGCACAGACGUGGUGUGUGGCCGGCAACUGCUUCUCCCUUCAGAAAGAACACGAGACGUCCAUUAAGUUCCUGCAGCGCGCCAUACAAGUGGAGCCGGAGUUCGCCUACGCCUACACACUGUUGGGCCACGAGUUGGCCGUCACGGAUGAGAUGGAUCACGCCAUGAGCUGCUUCCGCAACGCCACGCGUAUUGAUCCGCGACAUUACAACGCCUGGUAUGGCAUUGGAAUGAUUUACUAUAAACAGGAGAAGUUCUCGUUAGCGGAACUCCACUACAGGAAGGCGUUGGACAUCUCGCCGUUCAGUCCGGUGCUUAUGUGUCACAUAGGGGUCGUACAGCACGCGCUCAAAAAGAGUGAACACGCGCUCCAGACGCUCGACAGGGCUAUCGGUAUGGACCCCAAGAACGCGUUGUGUAAGUUCCACAGGGCGUCCAUUCUGUUCGCGUUGGACAGACAUCCGCAAGCGCUCCGGGAGUUGGAAGACCUCAAACAGAUUGUGCCAAAAGAGUCGUUAGUCUACUUCCUUAUUGGAAAGGUCCAUAAGAAGAUGGGUGACACCCACUUAGCGCUAAUGAACUUCUCGUGGGCCAUGGAUUUGGACCCAAAGGGCGCCAACAAUCAAAUAAAAGAAGUAAUCGACAAACAGUAUGCAAACGACGACGAGGAGGUGGUCGUCCACUUGGACCCCACGGAAACGGGUCGCGCGAGCGUCGGUGGGGCCGGCAGUUCGCGGCACCGCUCCAACUCGGUCUCCAUGGAGGCCGAGGAGUCAUCUCUACUCAACGACGUCGAGGCUAUGAUAGACGAUAGCACUUGAAUUAUAGGCCCUUUUAUUAUAUAUAUAUUAUUGAUAUAUAAUUUCAAAACAAACAAAUCGAUUGCAAACUUA